AAAAGCUGCCUUAUUUACAUGGGGAGCAAAACCAUUUAACCCAGUUGAAUCGGCAGCGGGAGCAGAGCGCACAGGUAAUGCAGGCAGUUGCGGCUGUCUGGUCGGGGGGCAAAAGGCCAGCCCAGUAAGGUCCUCAGCUCCACUCUCCUGCUUCUUUCGUUUUGCUGGAAUUUCAUACUCACUUCUUCUGGUUGGAUGACUAAGCCGGACGGUGGGAGGGAGGGGAGGCCGGCGUGGACUCGCGGGCCCUGCUCAGCCCCGGGAGUGGAGGCCAGAGAGCCGUGCCUCCCCGCGACCGCCCGGCCUGGUUACCGUCGCGCGGUCCCGGGGAGGAGGCGCCGAGGCCCCGCCAGCCCCAGUCACCGUCCCUGCACUGCGGGCGGCGAGGCCGAGACCCAGCCGCGCCCCCGCCGCCCUCCCCGGCUCACCACGCCCGUCACCACGCGCAGGGGCGCGGGCGGUAUCGGGAGGCGCCCGCCAACGGGAACAAGGAGUCAUCGCAGGGAAGGUUCUGGGAGCAGCCGAAUGGCUCGGUGUGCGUGGGAAACGGAUGCGGUUUCAGCAGCAGGACUGACUCGAGGAGGCUGCAUUUGCCCAGCAGGCUGCCCGGCGAGGCCGAAGCCCGGGCACUACCUUCGCGGCGCCCGGCACCCAGACGCUGUGGAGGCCGGCGCUGGUGCAGGGGGAAGGGGUGCGGAGGCGGCAGGGGUGUCCGGCCCUGGUGGGGUCCAGGGCGAGGCGGUAAACGCGCACAGGGUGACCAUUCCAGACGCUGUGCACGUCCAGGGCUCCUGCCCGCAGUCACCAGGGUGGGGAGGGAAGGGGGAGGGCGAGUGCCCCCCACCAGGCCAGGCCCUCAGCGCCCGCCCUGCUGCAGGCGGCGGCGCCCACCUCCGCCCAGCGGAGACCUCGGGGCGUGGGCCCCGCAUUCCAGCCUCCUGUGCUGGGAGAAGCGAUGGAGUGGCUGACACCCAGGGGCAGGAAGCAGGACAGAACAGUGAGGCAGCAUAUGUGCCACGAUUACGCAGGAUCCUGCUCACCCAAGAGCCUAGCGAGGUGGGCAAGGAAGAGGCUAAGGAAAAUCCAGGAGAGGGGACCCCAGGUCAGCGGUCACCUUAACGUUGGUACCGCUGCAACUUAGUUAACGACGCAGAAGCCCAGAAAACCCCUAAACCUCAAGAUGGCCAAGCAGCAGCGAUCCACCAGCUGACAUUUCCUCCACUCCCGGGGCUGAGCAGGGCGCGCGAGUCCACGCCGGCCUCCCCUCCCUCCCACCGUCCGGCUUAGUCAUCCAACCAGAAGAACUGAGUAUGAAAUUCCAGCAAUACGAAAGGGGCAGGAGAGUGGAGCUGAGGACCUUACUGGGCUGGCCUUUUGCCCCCCCGACCAGACAGCCGCAACUGCCUGCGUUACCUGUGUCGCAGGGGUUUUAUUUAAUUCUUACCUAAAGAUGUCUUUUUGGUCAUGACAAACGUGUUUGUUUUGCUUUUUUAAAACCUGGUUUUUCUCAAGAUACCUUUAAAAGUUUUAAAUUGUUUUCAUCUCCGGUCAAGUGGAGAUUUUUAAGAACCUCAUUUUCAAUUUGUAAUAAAACUUUACAACCUGAUUUUUCUCAAAAAAGCCAACAAAUGGCCAGCACCUGUUAACAAAGGUCUAACAUAAUAAUACUAAAAAACUAAAAACAUCUAACCUCAGGGGCCCCAGAGCCUGGCGGAGUAGUACCCUGCUGAACUCAGUCAAGGCCGGCGGCUUGGGAGAACCAAGGGAAAGGGCACUUCACACUGGCGGUGCAACUCGGACCUGGCAGCCAUUGAAUUUGGGCAAGAAGGCAGCCAGCCAUCUACAAGCCAGAAGAGAGCUCUCACCAGAAACUGGCUAUGCUGAUUUUUGAUGUAUUUACCUCCAACAUAAAAAUGGAACAGAUUUUCUCUUGGACAAGAAAAAGUACGGGAAAUACAGACUAAAGAACAAAUAAUCCAACUCCAGAUGUGCUCAAAAGAGGAUUUCAAUCCAGCCCAACGCUGAUGAAGACGCACAUGAGCAGCCCCGCACCUCAGUUGCCGCCUCCUUUCAUGCGCCCUGGUCCCUGUCUGCCUCUGCACCUAUGGCUCCGUGACCCCUCCUCUCCCUGACAGACAGCAGGGAACUGCUGGACCCACAAGCAGGGACAGCACCCCUACUCAACAGGAAGCAGAUACAGAAGAGUGACCGACACCCACUUUUCCUUGAAAGAUUUCAAGGGCCCACAUUCCUUGAGGGGCGAAUGAGGUGGGGCAGAGACACAGGACAAGCAUCGUGAUUAACUUUUUCCUGCUUAUGAUGAAAAGCGCUGAGAUAUAAACAGUAGAGUAGGAAAGGAGGAACUCCAUCUUAAGGCUAAGAUUCCAUUUUAAAAAGCAGAGAGUUGAGAAGUACGAUUCCUAGCAUAUUCUCUGGUAGUCAGACAGCAGCCCAACAGCCUAUCUUAAGGCAGGCCAGGCAGUCUUAGCUGAUAUGUCCCCACUUCUUUGGCCAAGCUCUACAAAGGGACCUCCAGUCCCUCGAACUCGCCCAUGGCUGCCUGCUCCAGUAUCACGACGACCUCUUGCUUUGCAGCCCCUCAAAAUAUGACUCUAUAUCCCACACUAUCUCCCUCCUUAGAUUCCUGGGGAAAAAGGGAUACUGUGUCUCAAAGCUCAACUAAAACAGCAAACGGUCGGUAUUUGAUAAUCACUGCUUCUCAGAACAUGACAUAUGAGAAAAACCUAACAUUCAUGAAUCCAUUCUAUCAUGAUAUUUUCUUUUGUUUGGGCUUAAGAUUUACAUAUGUGAGUUUUUUUCACCCACCAUGUACCAAUCUCAACAGGUCAAUGCACCUGAAGGACUUCUUGUUCGCCAUCUUCCAUUCUACAAAAAUGCAGGAUAAAAAAAUCAAACUAUGUGAAACAGCUUCUGUAAUUCUUGAGAGAAAAAUAAAUGUGCGAUUAAG